AUGUCGACAUUGGGAUCCAAGACGGUUGCAACGCCUUCGGCGUUUCUCAUUUCUUUCCCAGGUGUCCAAUUUAUGAGUUCUAUCACGUCCGCCACAAGUGCACCUGCCAGCAAUCCAACCCAAGCACUAAAUUCAGGCACCUUGCAAGACAUCGCUACCAUUCACUCUCGAAGAUUGGACACAAUAGUAGACAGCAUCACAGGCACAGGCAACCUAAGUAAUAUACCAACUUGGAUCACAGAUCUUCAGGAAGAUGGUAAAUGGCUGGACUCUGACAUGGAUUAUACAACUGGCUGUGAUGGUUGGAGUGCUGGCCAGCUGCAGCUCAUUAAGUUCCCAUCAGUCAUCCUCAUUCCCGGUCUCGUUGCAGAGUCAUGUCUUCUCCUCAACGACACCCUGACAUAUACACAAUUAGGCAACUGCAGCAAUAUCUCCCUACGCGCGUAUGGUGCGUUCGAUCACAGAUACAGCUUUGAGGCUGGAGCAAACAUCCUGGACAUGGCCAAGACCAGUCUGGAUCAAAGUCUCCUCGUGUCCAAUGUUUCUUUGCUCUCGGACGCGUACAGAAGAGUCCAUGAUACUAUCGUCGUACAGGAAAAUAUCAGCACAAUGGCUGAUGGGAUCCAGCCGGACGGCUCCUUCAGUCAGUAUCGCGGGUUGCUUUACAAUGGAAACUACGGUAAUGACUUCUCUAACGACAUUCUCAUUUUCGAGACCGCAGUAGCCGGGACUUCAUUCGCGGCUGGCGGUAAGGCAAGGGCCGCCCUCGAGACAUUGACUGAUGGAAAUCGAUGGAUGAUAACUUUCGAUGUCGAAACACAGGAUUUUAGCCCAGUGGGUCGCUUCAUAAGUUCACCAGUGGCUGACGGCCAAGCAAGUUCUGGUAUCCUGGUAAACUUCUCAAGGGUGGAAGAACUUGGCGAGCAAUGGAAUUCGGACGUUCUCGUCAACUUUGCGACAAGUUUUUCGUCGAAUACAACCAAUGCAAACGCGGGAGGAUUACUCGGAAACUGUAUGUUCUAUAACAAUGAUUACAUGGUUACUCGGGACAAACAUGGUUUCUUCCUCGAGGACGGCGUUCAAUAUGUGAUGGUUGCCAACAUCUCCUCUAAGACGGAUGCCCCUGUCUUUUCUGUUCUCGACCAAAGGCGUUUCAGAGGGCCUAACGUACCUGUCAAUGGUAUGGGGACUGUCGGGGGAACUUUACAGACCCCCACACCCUGUGGCACGGUGACGUCGGGUAUAUUUUCUGGUCAAGAAACAAUGAACUUGUUCGCUGUUUGGUUGCACCACAAAUACCUUAGCGCCCCCAUCUCCUAUGCUGUAUACCCUGCAGUUGACUACGGUACAUUCGCUCUUAAACGCGCAUCUACUCACUUAACGGAGAUCCAGAAUGACGCCUCUGUGAACGCUCUUUUGAAUGAAGACCACUACACUGUCUUUGGUGUCUUCUGGGACGCAGCGGGCGGUUCGUUCACAUUCACCGACGAGGUUUACGGAUCCAUGAAGAUCGAAUAA